AGGAGGGUGGACUGGGGCGGAGGGAUGCGGCUCGGCAGAGGCGGCCGCCACAGGGACUCGCCGCCAUCGCCCCCGCCGCCGUCACAACCUCGGCUCCCGGGGCCCUCUCGGCCGCCGCCUCAGCCGGAGAGCAGCCGCCGCGAGGACUGCUCGCCGUCGCCCCGCACGUCCGGGUAGAGUACUCAGCUGUGUGGGUUACUGCAUAAAUCAUAAAAGACUAUAAUAAGGUGAUAAUGUCUCGGGAACCCAGCCCACCUCUGCCUGGAGAUAUGUCCACUGGUCCUAUAGCAGAAAGCUGGUGUUACACACAGGUUAAAGUAGUAAAGUUUUCCUACAUGUGGACCAUUAAUAACUUCAGUUUUUGUCGAGAGGAAAUGGGUGAAGUGUUAAAAAGUUCAACAUUUUCAUCUGGCCCAAGUGACAAAAUGAAAUGGUGCCUGAGGGUAAACCCAAAGGGAUUAGAUGAUGAAAGUAAAGACUACUUGUCCUUAUAUUUGCUUUUAGUCAGCUGCCCCAAAAGUGAAGUUCGAGCAAAAUUCAAAUUUUCUCUUCUGAACGCUAAAAGGGAAGAAACAAAAGCAAUGGAAAGCCAAAGAGCAUAUCGAUUUGUGCAAGGGAAGGACUGGGGAUUUAAAAAAUUCAUUAGAAGGGAUUUUUUGCUUGAUGAAGCUAAUGGUCUUUUACCAGAUGACAAGCUUACAUUAUUUUGUGAGGUUAGUGUGGUCCAAGAUUCAGUAAACAUAUCAGGACAUACAAAUACAAAUACUUUGAAGGUGCCUGAAUGUCGAUUAGCAGAAGAUUUAGGUAAUCUCUGGGAAAACACAAGAUUUACAGAUUGCAGUUUUUUUGUGAGAGGACAAGAAUUUAAAGCUCAUAAAUCUGUGCUUGCAGCUCGAUCCCCAGUUUUUAAUGCAAUGUUUGAACAUGAAAUGGAAGAAAGCAAAAAGAAUCGAGUGGAAAUAAAUGAUUUAGACCCUGAGGUUUUUAAAGAAAUGAUGAGAUUCGUUUACACAGGGAAAGCACCAAAUCUUGAUAAAAUGGCUGACAACUUGUUGGCAGCUGCAGACAAAUAUGCACUGGAACGACUGAAGGUCAUGUGUGAAGAAGCUUUGUGUAGUAACCUCUCAGUAGAAAAUGUUGCUGAUACCCUUGUCCUUGCAGAUUUGCACAGUGCAGAACAGUUGAAAGCACAAGCCAUAGACUUUAUUAAUAGGUGCAGUGUACUUCGACAACUUGGGUGUAAAGAUGGGAAAAACUGGAACAGCAACCAAGCAACCGACAUAAUGGAAACAUCAGGGUGGAAGUCCAUGAUUCAGUCUCACCCUCACUUAGUAGCAGAAGCCUUCCGGGCAUUAGCAUCUGCACAGUGUCCACAGUUUGGCAUUCCACGCAAACGGCUAAAGCAGUCCUGAAAUCUUCCAUGAACAGUAGGAAAAAAAAGGAAUUGACUUUUACUCCUCCAGGUCCAGAAGGAUUCUAAUACACAAACCAUAAGCAAGAGUUGUUUCUGUUUUCUUGUCCACAGAACAGAAGCUGAAAAAGCAUACUGCUUGCAUUUCAGGUGGAUAAUUUAUGGUUUAUACUUCAGCUUUAAAUUAGACUGAUUACUUCACUUCAAGGCCUUAAAUUAUCUUCAAUGACUUCUCUUGUUCAUAUAAUAACUUUAAUUUUUUUAUUGUGCCUUGUCAUUUUGACCAAGGCUAUGCAGGAUUGCACUAGCUCCAUAAUGCAGUAAUAUUGAUAACUGAUGAUAUUAAGUUUCAAAAGGAUCUUCCAUUAUUUUGGGGAAAAGAAAAUGAAUUUUAUAAGGUUUGUCCUAUGCUAUCUCAAAGUUUAAAACUAGAUUCUCCUUAAAAGCACUUCUAUUGGAGGUUAUCAGUAAUGUCUCCAGUUUAAGUUCUAUAAAUAUAGGAGAACCUGCUUACCUGCAAGGUAAGUUAUGGCAAUACACUGCUUCGAUUCUAAUUUAUUUUUCAUUUCAGGGGGCAAAUAUGCAAUGAGUUGGCCCAGAUUUUUAGUAAAAUUUGUUUGUCUGUAUGUUAGCUGUCCAAGAAACUGUGGGUUUAUCCAAGUUUACAAUGAUUGAAAACUGAUUGAGGUUAAGAUUUCAAUAAGCAGAAAGUAUGUAUUGUGCUGAAGUAAUUUUUUCUUAAUUUAUAAUGUCCUACCUAUAUGAAGAAUUCUGUACAUGUUAAAAGUAAGGAUGACCAAAUGUAAAUUUAAUGAGUGGGCCAAUUAAGGAAGAUAUAUAUGCACUUUUAAUGUGUAACUUUUGUAUGCUGAAUGGUACAUAUAUUUUUUGCUUUGGGGGGAUUAUUAAGGUAUAAUUAAUUGUGUUUCAAUUUUCAAAGAAAUUCAGACGGAGGCAACUGAGAUGUUUGUGAUAUUAAUAGAUAAGAAAGAUAUCCACUAUAGAUAAAUUGGUUUGGAUUUCAUAUAUUCAUUAUUGAAUUUAUCCUUGUUUUAUCACACUUUGGAAAAGGCAACUGAAAAAUAAAUGAAUCCUGGACAGUCUACUCUCCACACAAUUAACAGAUAUUUGUCUUAUAGCGAUUUGUCUGUGGGAGAUGCAUAGUAAAGAAGGGAGCCCUUAGACUAUGUCAGGCCACACUUUGAGCUUUUUCCCCCUUAUUAUUUUCUUCUUUGUAUUUCAGUUACUGUACUAACAUUGUGGAUGAUUGAAAUUCUGCAUAAUGUGAACAGGAUAAACUAUUUAUAAACUGCUUUUCAUGGGCCAGUUCUUUAUUAUACAUGAAUCUUAGCUUUAAACACACAGAAAUGUCAGUGUUUGAUAGUUGUGAGGUCUGUUCUGGUGUAUAGUCCUAGAGAAAGAAGCAGGAGUGAUCAGUGUCCGAGCACCACAUCUGACUUACUGUAGCAGUGACAGUGUGCUUUUCAGGCAAGAUUUUUAUUUGACAACAAGGGAAAAAGUGUGUCACUGGAAAAAAGUUGCAUAUACCUAUAUGUUUGCAUAUAUAAUUUUAUUCUCAAGAUUAAAUUUCUGUAAUUUGUUUAUUUAGUUUUUGAAUUCAGGACAAAGGAAAAAAAUGAAGCUUGAGGUUUUAAAAUAGAUUUUAUUUUUGCUAUCUCUGUUAGAUUGUGACUGAAGCAAUCCUAAUAUAUAAAGAGUGAUUCCUAAUUGCAUUGAACAAACACCAUCAAAUAAGCAUUUGUUAUCCACAACAAACCGCAGUUUGAAAAGAUCAUAUUUUUCACAUGUCUUAGUUUCUUUCUGCAUAUCUUGAUUGAGUCUUUGUUGUGGUAACUUAAAUUUAAAAUUAGAAGAAUUCCUUGGAAUACAAGCAAUGGACUUCAUCCUAUUUAAGAAUAUUAUGGCAAGUAGAAAUUCACUUCCCUAACUCCACCAUAAGAUUGAGCCUGUUAAAUUUAUAAUGUGCAAUUUUAAAAAUACACACACACACACACACACAUUUUUAAUUUUAAGAUUUUACCAGGAUCUUAGAAGAAAACAAAAAUUCCCUCCAGUUAUAGAAUUAUGUUGUCAUAUAUUAAAAUAUCUCUGGUGUAUCCUUUUAUAUCAAAUGUACACCACCCCAGCACAUUGUGAAUUAAUUUACUGCUUCAAUCUGCACUUCUUACCAUAGUGACUAAUACCUUAUAGUGAACAUUUCAGCUUGCCCUUAUUCUAGUGUUUAUUGCAAAUCCUAAGAAUUUUAUUAUAAGGAUUUUUUUUAGUUUGUUAGCACAUUUUGUACCAAAAAUGUCAAACACUGUGCUGUAAAAAUAUCCAUGUUUGUAGAAAUGUCCACUUUUCAAAUAAUAUAAUGCCUACCAUUAUACUAACAGAAUCAUAUGGUAGUUGAUUUAUUUUUUUAUUUAUUAUGUAUAUUUUUGGUAUGGGUUCUUAAGGCAAUGAUUAAAAAAAAGUAUUCUUAUGUUAGUGCUCUAAAAGCCUUUCCCCACCCACUGCCCCAUUUCUAGACUGCAUACAUUUUAUUCAUAAUAGGCACAGUUUUUUGUCCAGAGCAGUCUUGCCUUUUAAACUAUCAACCUGCUCCCGUUUCCCUUUUGACACUUUUCCAUAUAAAGUAUUGAGUGGUUUCAAAUAUUACUUAUUAAAAAAAGAACCAUUGGAUAACCGUUCUUUAGACUAAGAUUUAAAGACACUAUAUUUGUGCCUUUUUCAUUUUUUAAUUUUAACAUGUAUUGAUAUUUGGAGCACAAAUAUGAAGGUGCCAUAAUAUGGCUUGCCAAUUUUACCUCCCUGAAUACUCAUGUCAUUGUCUUCAAAUAGUGAUUAGAGAACCUUGCAUGAAUUACGUGGUCAUUUAUGUGGAAUGCGUGUGUGUGCGCGCGCACGCUUACGCUUGUGUAUCUGUACUCGGGCUUGUGUGGAGAUAUGUUCAGAAAGUGAACCUCUGAAAAUAGGACUCAGUUAAAUGUCAAAAAUUCAGGUUAGUUGAAAUCUUACAUUUAAGUGUGCUUUAUUUUGGAGGAUAAUUUAUUUGACAGGAAAUUUUAAUUCUCAAAAAUGUGUCCAAUGUACUGCAUGAUGAAAUGUGAAAACAGUGCCUUUUUAGGACAUCAAUUGUAAGUGUUAAAAUAUUAACAAAGAUGUCUGAAAAGUUAAGAACAAUAUUAACUUUUAAGCCAGAUCUGAGAGCUUAAAUUGUCAAAAGUGUAAUUAUUAAUUUACCCAUAUAACAUUUUAUGCAUAAAUUUAAUAUUCAAGCAGAAUUCUUUAGAAAAUUAUAGACAAGGGCUGGGGGUGUAGCCCAGUGCUAUGGUGCUUGCUAGCAUGAGGCCCUGGGUUCAAUCCCUAGCACCACCAAAAAUCAAAAAAGUUUGGAUCACCUUGUUGCUAAAACACAACAGGUAUUUUCUUCAGUAAGUUUUAUGAAAGUUCAACUCAACAAGCUUUGCUCACAGCCAUGUAUAAAGAGGUGAACUAGUCUGACGUGGACAUGCAUGCUCUUUGUUGGAUAAAAUAAAUAUUCACUGUACUCUUGUAAAAGGAGGUGGGUGGGUAAAUGGGUUUGUCUUAGUGUUCUCAGAUUAUAAAGACAGCACUUUCAGCACACAUAAGAGUAUUUUGCAAACCUUUUUUAUACAGAUUAUGAGCUCUACUUUAUUUAAAUGUUCAUGGAAUGAUGUAAAUUUUAGGUCCAGUUGAACAAAUAUUGAGUGCCUACCAUAUGCAAGACUUCCUCUCACUGGGAAUGAAAUCACACAGUGUCUUCUGUUUGUAGUAUGUGAACUUUAUGUUUGAAAAGGAAUUCUUUAUAUUAUAAAUCUUUUUCUGUUAUUAGAGUUUAUCAUUGUAUACUGUAACCCAGUUAAUUUUGCAUUCAGAUUUUAAAAAUUAAGAUACAAAAGUCCCAUUUUGAAAAUAUUUCUGCUGAAAUUAUUUAAAUAUUAGUUCUGAGGGAAGUUGACUUUCAAGAUUCAAAUGUAUAAAAUCUUAUUGGACUUUCAGCCUCAUUUUUAAUCAGUUGAUGUUAAUGAUAAGAUACUACUUGUAUCUUGUUGCUGAAAAUAUUUUUUGCAUUUCAGCACGUUGAGUUAAAAUAAAGUUGUUACUACUUAUUCAGAA